CUCUGCUCUCUCUGUCCUUUAAAGCUGCGUUGCCUCCGCAGAUUUUACCUUCGGCCAAACCCACCGGACACACACACACAUACACACACACACACACACACAGACAGACAUACACACCGCUGGUGUCGAGUGAAAGGCGCUUCAGCUGUUCGCUUUGAGAGGUCCCAGGAGUUAUCUUACCUCCACCAUGACUGACCGCUUCGACUGCUACUACUGCCGUGACAACCUGCAUGGGAAGAAGUAUGUGAAGAAGGACGACAAGCACGUGUGCACCAAGUGUUUCGAUAAGCUCUGUGCCAACACCUGCGCAGAGUGCAGACGCCCCAUUGGUGCUGAUUCCAAGGAGCUGCACCAUAAGAACCGCUACUGGCAUGAGGACUGUUUCCGCUGCGCCAAGUGCUACAAGCCCUUGGCCAGCGAGCCGUUCAGCGCGCGGGAUGAUGGCAAGAUAAUGUGUGGCAAGUGUGGCUCCCGCGAGGAUGGCAACCGGUGCCAGGGCUGCUAUAAGGUGGUCAUGCCAGGAUCCAAGAACGUGGAGUACAAGAACAAGGUGUGGCACGAGGAGUGCUUCACCUGCCUUGACUGCAAGCAGCCGAUCCGCACACAGAGUUUCCUGACCAAGGGUGAAGACAUCUACUGUGCUCCCUGCCAUGACAAGAAGUUUGCCAAGAAAUGCUUCCACUGCAAGCAGCCCAUCUCCUCUGGAGGGAUCAGCUACCAGGACCAGCCCUGGCACUCUGAGUGUUUCGUGUGCAACACCUGCCGUAAACCUCUGGCUGAAGCUCGCUUCACCUCCCAUGAGAACAACGUUUACUGCGUGGACUGCUACAAGACUGAUGUGGCCAAGAAGUGCCACGGCUGCAAGAACCCCAUCACAGGGUUUGGCCAUGGCACCAACGUGGUGAACUAUGAGGGCUACUCCUGGCACGAGUACUGCUUCAACUGCAAGAAGUGCAGCCUCUCUCUGGCCAACAAGCGCUUCAUCAUCAAUGGAGAUCAUAUCUACUGCCCUGACUGUGCUAAGAAGCUGUGAACUGCACAAGCAGCUCUGCAGAUGGUCACUGUUUAAAGUGGAAUUACACCAAAAACAAACUGGCUUUUAGACAUAUUAGAACGUAAUAUUACUCUUGUUUCUGAAUUUGCAUGAACACGUCUAAACAGUCAAUUUUGGUGAAGCUUCUCUUUAUGAAGUUGACCGAUUAGUGGUUAUUUCAACUAAAUAUGCACUAGCUUGAAUCAUUUAUCUACAUAUACAUUGCUGCGACUUGUAAUAGUGUCAAUGUUUGGAUACUAACAUGACAACAGAAUUUGUUUUGUGAGAUGAGAUAUGCACUAUUAGUCUCCUCCGGGCCUUUCGAGUGCCUUACUGGAAUCUUCCAGAGAAUAAAAUGCUUCUUUCAUGCAUACUGCUGCUCAUACUUUGAUUAAUAAUCUGUUACGCCUCUGAAUGCUUGAAUGGAUUAUGAGAAUUGUCAAAGAUGUUUAGAGAGUGAAUUUAAAAUACAAAUUAGGUUUUUGGGAUUGAUGCUGAAAUACAAACUGCUCAUGUAUUCAAGACUUGAUGAGUGAAAAUCAAUGCACAACAAGAAUAAAAGAGGAAGCGAAAUGAA